UCCAUCGCGCUCUCCUCUCGGCUCUCCUCUGCUCUGUUGGCGAUCUCGUCGUUCUGUCCGGGUCGGAGCUUCUCGCCGGCGAACGGGCACAGUUGGGAGCGAGAACCCUCCUCUUCGAUCUGGGGGGGAAGAAUUUAGAUUCUUAUUGCGGUGAUCUCAUUCCGUCUCCUUUUCUGAAGGUUCCGUUUCGCUUGGUUCUUGAACUGUCUAAGUUUCGAUUCGGGUUCAAGAUUUUGUUGGAUUUUGAUUUUUCUUCGUUGUGAUCGAUCGUAAUUGACGUUUCCAGCGACUUGAAUUUUGUUGUUCUUGGGGUUCUUGAUCAAUUCUUGGUUAUCGAUAAUCUAGGUUUUCGAGUUUCUCUCGAGAAGAUCAAUCUUUCUUGUUUUCUUGAUCGUUUCUGGUUUCUUGUUUUCUUGAUCGUUUCUGGCCACAAGGCCGAUUCUCGUUCUGUUUUCCAUUGGCAAAAAUGGCUUCUUCUCGUUCUAGGCGUGUGGAGUACGACCGCUUCAUCCCGUUCCGGUCGGCGAUGGACAUGGACUACGCACGCUUUGCCCUAACCAUGCCUUCGCGACCGCAGCGUGAUGGUUCGAGAGAAUCCCCAUCGAGCGUGGCGUACCAAAAGCUUCUUGAUGAGUGCAUUUUGAAGAACAGGUCUCGUAUCCUCGCUUUCAAGAGUGCACCCGAAGCGCCGGCCAGCAUGCUGCCCCAAUUUGACGAGCCCAUUCGGCCGCCGAAGAAGCAGCAGAGGCGAAUCCCUAGAGAACCAGAGAGGGUUUUGGAUGCCCACGGCAUGUUGGAUGAAGAUGGUUUGAAUCUCCUCGACUGGGGAAGCAAUAAUAUGUUGGCGAUUGGCCUCGACGACACAGUGUGCCUCUGGGAUGAUGCAAACAAGUCGACUAAGGUGCUUCUACAAGCCGUAGAAGACAGCGGACCUAUCACUUGCAUCAGCUGGUCGCCGGAUAGCACAGUUCUUGCUGUCGCAUUAGGCAAUUCAGUUUUAGCCUUGGUUGAUCCGGCAACAGGAAAAGAUGUGAAUGUGACGGAAGAAGAUGAGAACCUGACCCCUGUGUUGUCACUUGCGUGGAGAAGUAAUUCAAUCUUGACGGCUGGAAGAUCAGAUGGCACUGUUGUUGAUUAUGACUUUAGAAAGGAUGACACGUCCAUCUGUUUCUAUAAUGGGCAUCGGCGUGGAGUUUGCAGUCUUAAAUGGUCUGCGUUGUCGGGGCGGUAUUUGGCGAGUGGAGGGCACGACAAACUAGUGCACAUAUGGGAUGCCUGCAUGCCGGUCUCACAACACCAUCCACGCCGACAUAAGUGGCUUCACCGCAUCAGCAGCCACACUUCCAUUGUGAAGGCCCUUGACUGGUGCCCAACUCGGAGCAACCUGCUGGCUUCUGGUGGAGGUCGCAAUGAUCAUUGCAUUAAGUUUUGGAACACUGUUAACGGUGCUUGCUUGAACUCGAUCGAUGCUGGCUCUGAAGUUUGUGCAUUGCUGUGGGACAAGAACAAAUCUGAAUUACUAACCUCCCAUGGUUCUCCGAAGAAUCAACUCACCCUGUGGAAUUACCCAUCCAUGACGAGAGCGGCUGAGCUUUCCGGUCAUUCAUCCCGGGUUCAUUUCUUGGCUGGGAGCCCAUUGGGAGGUGUAGUAGCUUCUGCAGCAGCAGAUGAAACACUCAGGUUUUGGAAUAUCUUUGAGACUCCCAAAACAACAAAACCUGAAUUGCCCUUUGCCCAAUUUAGUGUCAUAAGAUGAAAAGGCUGAUGGGUGGAAGAGAUUACGAGAGCAAUAUGAAAGACUUCUCUGGUGCUUGACUUGAAAAUCCAUUGUUGGCAGAGUUGCACGGAGAAAUUUGGUGGAAUUAAAUUGACAACACAGUUUCAUAGUAAGUAUGAGUGCAAGCACCUAUGGUAAGUUAGAAGCCUUACAACAUUUUACAGCAGAUUAUGAGAGCAAUAUGGAAGACUUUUCUAGUGCUUGACAUGAAGAUCCAUUGUUGGCAGAGUUGCACAGAGAAGUUUGGUGGAAUUAAAGUGGCAACACAUUUUCAUAGGAGUAUGACUGCAAGCGCCCAAGAUCCAUUGUUUGCAGAGUUGCACAGAGAAGUUUGGUGGAAUUAAAGUGGCACCACAUUUUCAUAGAAGUAUGAGUGCAAGCGCCAAAGACUGUAGGUUUUUCAAGAGCAUACAUUAUUGGAGUUGAAUGUAAAGGUACUGAAGAUGAUACCUCACUAUUGAUGAAUCACUUGAAGAUUGCACAGUUAGCAGAUGCAACUGGACUUUCUGUUGGUGGCUCUGCUUAUCUAAAGUAUGUUUCUUUUAUCCCCAUUGAACAUGAUGCAGUGAUUAGUUCUAUGGUUCCUCUAAAUGUGCAUUAAUAUAGGUAUGGAAUCUAGGAGUAUAUUAUUACAUUGGCUAUGUCAUUGAAUGAUGAAAUUCACAAAAUAUAUCUUUCUAAAGUUUUUUUAUUUUGCUGACAUGAAGUCCAUUCUCUAAUCUUACAUCGGAAAUAUUUAAUUGAUGUCACUUACUGACUGUUAUAUGAUAUGUCAUAUUUAGUUAUCUGUCUUUUGUAUUUAUCUCCCUUAAGAUUCGAAAAGUUUAUUGUAUGAUUGAUGGGCAGCUACUGUUAUCUGCUGGGAUGAUGUAUGUUUGAUUAUACUUAUUGGGGUCAUACUAAACUGCAUUUUUCAAACAUCAUGAUUUAAAUUCAAACACCCACAAUUGUGGUUGCUUUCCAUCUGAGCGAAUGAGUUUUUUGGUGCUAUCAGUUUCUUUGAUGAGUUAAUGUUGCUUUGAUAUUAGGUCAAAGAAAUUACAAAAAUCAUAGAGAAUAUGAAGAGGUCAGAAAUAAUAAAGACAAAUGUCAAUUUUUAUAUAUUUUGGUGGUCUUAAAUGAAAUAAAAUACAAAGUUAGCUUUCUUGAGGUAUGAGAGUUCUCUCUCGAUGAUUGUUAUUUGUCAAAUCUUAAGAAGGAUUAGUGACCAUAUGACAAUCCUAUAAUAUGGGUUCUUUCUCUUCUCUUUUCAAAAUAUGCUAUGGAGUAGAUGUUAAUAAAUCCAAAAUAGAGAGAUUUGUGGACUUUCUGCAACCUUCCUGAGGUAUGAGUUUUAUCAAUCGUUUUAGUCUGUUCAUUUCCUAGGUAACAACAAUUGCAAUAGGUGGAUAUGGAGGAUGCGAUAGUGUCACUUGGUAGAAUGACUUUUCUUGGUUUUCAGCUCUUUUGUUGCAUACUUCCUACUUUCAAUAGUAUUUCUAGAGUAAUUGUGAUCAAAAUAUUUGUUAAACUUGCUUAUCAAAAUCAAAUGAUUUAUCUUGGCUCUUAAAAGGUUGCUGAAAUUAAGUGUGUAAUUCAUAACCUUGAUGUUGAAAGUAUAUUUUCUUAUGAUGAGUUGUCGACAAGAAGUUCUUGUGCAUUUAUGACAUCUGUAUUGAAUAUCUACAAUCUUUUUUGCUUACCGUAGUAUUAUUUCUCUAAAAAAUAAUCUGUAAUUCUGUGAUUAUAAAUGCACAAUGCGAAACACUGAUAUGCAACUUGAAUCUCACUCUGGCUAGCAAAGAAAACUAUAAAAGUACUGAGAGAACAUAUUUGCUGCUUCUUAAGUUCAGGAAACGAUGCCUUUUAGUCAUAUGUUAAAACACUGGAAUUUAUCCAUUCUUUUGAAGAACUCAAUCGAUUGUAUUUAGAUGACUAUUUGAACCUUUUAUUGUUAAUGUCCACCAGCUGAGCCUUGGUAGAAUCAUUAGGUUUGGGAAUAGAUGUAUAUGUACUAAUGAAUCAUGAAAUUUUAUGAUCAUUUUCUAUUGUGUAUAAAACAAAUUGCAUUGUUAGUUAAUUCUUUAUGUUGUAGUUCUUCUUUUAUUUUUCAUGUACUAAGGUAUCAAAUCUUGAGUAUUGACCCUACGGUGGUCCCUCUUGGAUUCUUGUGGUAUAUAUAUUGUCUGAAAUGGUAUGGUUUGCAUAUCAAGUUAUGCAGUAUGUACUGGUCGAUACAAACCAAAUCGGACAAAAGUGAAUUCAUCUAAAUUUUUAUUUUUAUUUUUCAAAAGAGAGAUUUUUUUUUUCAUUAUUUCUUGUUAUGAGUACAUAUGUUUUUAACACCGCCAAUGUCGGUCCCAAGCCCGAAUGAGAAAGGUGGAGGGUUGCACAAGGCCAUUGAGAGUCAAUGUUCAAAAAACAUAUCAAAACUCAUAACUAUGAUCUUAAACAUUUCAUAAUUUUACUAUAUUAUUACUGAGAAUUGAUGUGAGACAUAUUCACUAUCUAAAUAUCCUAAAAUGAGAAGGGUGGACUGAGGUCAUAUGCAAGAAAUCUUUUAUAUCAAUAUUCACAUGUGUAAAAUAAAGAAGUGUUUUCUUGGUCUAUUUUGGACCAGCAUGAGUAAAGAGUCCAAGAAAUAGGAUUAGGCUAAUAACACAAAAUAUAGGAACAUUUUUAGAAACAAGUUUAGAUUGAUACAUGGAAGAAAAUUUAAUAUAUUUUAUGUAUAAGAUACUUAGUGGGUAGGGUAAAAAAAUGUAAAAGAUUGCUAAUACCAAAAUAAUUAGAAAUAUUAAUUGUGUAAGUGGCUUUUGAAGAUAAGGCUCAAAAUAAUGUUGUAAAAUCAAAAGAUAUGGGAAAUAAUUAUAUUGCUAUAAUAUUUAUUAUGAGAAAAUAUUUUGAAUAUAUGUUUAAAGUUGAACGAGUUUGGUGGCAAUAGAAAGGUUACAAUGAAGGUGCCAUCUAUCCUAGUUCUCACUAGGCUCACUGUUAAUGGACUUGAAGAAUUUGUAAGCAGAUUUGACAGUAGGCUUACUUUGAUUGUCAAAAUGCCGUAACCAAAUAUCCUUGUUAGGAUCCAUAUGAAGAUUAAUCCUAAAAAUGUUUUCCAUCAAAGAGGGUCCAAUAAAGCAUAUAAUAACUCAUAAUUCCAUCCUGUCAUCACAAAACAAGGAACUAACAUGAGAACCCAAAGAAUUAAAUUGAAAGAAUCAAUAAAAAUAUGUUUAUGUGAAAUAGGCAAAUAAAAAAUCCAUGUAUCUCAAACUAUAUGGUUAGAAGAACCAUUAUUUAUAAAUUUAAAGAAACCCAUUUUCAAAUGAUCCAUAGCCCUUAGUAUGGUGAAUUGCUUAUUGUUCCAAGGGAAAACCUUGCCACAUUUAUCAUAGACCAACCACAUUAACUCAUAUGGUAUCCUUAUGAUUUAGGUAUUGAGCAAUACACUUGAUUUGAUGGAUAAAUAUAACCAAGUGAAUGUCUUUAAGCAUAAUGACAUGAUCCAAAAAGAUCAUGUGUAAACCUCUAGAGCCAUCAGAUUUUUGUCAAAAGAUAUUUUCUAAUACUCUGAUUGAUAUUCAAAAAAAGAAUAUAGGGAAAAGCAUUGAGAACUGAGUUAAUGAGGAUCACUUUCCCAACUUAAGAAACCUAAGGAGCCAUGUCAGUAACGAAGUCUAUUAGAGAUUUGCUGUAUGAUAUGAUCGUGAGAAUUAAUGGAGAUUCUUUAGGGGGCAAUAAAAGUGGUAAGAUAUUUAAAAGAAAACAUAGCCUAUUAGAUUUGAUAUUGAUUACAAAUAUCCACAUAGAGAGAAGAUAACAUAAUUUAUAUAUAGUGAUCAGAUUCCUCUCACAAGCUUGAUUUAAAAGCAUGGAAAGAUGUUGUGAAACAAUGACAAAAUGUACGGAGAAAGGGGAUCCUCUUGUCUAAAAUCAUGUCUUCCCUUAAAGAAAUUAGAGGGCUUACCAUUCAGCAAGCAAGCAAGCAAAAGAAGAAGAGGAAAUACAAGAAUAAAUCCAGCAUAUGGACUUAUAUGGAAAUUUGUCUAGUUUAAGCAUGGUAAAGAUAAUCUCUCAAGAAAGUUUAUCAUAUGCUUUCUUCAAAUCAAUUUUCAUAUGGAUGUAAUCAUUCUUACUUCUAGAGCAAUGCAUAGAAUAUAUAAUCUCUUGAGUCAUAAGAAUAUUAUUAUGAAUACUAUAAUUGGUCAUAAAAAUAGAAUAUUUUUUAGAAAUAAGAUUAUUAAGAAAAAACUUAAUCCGAUUAGCUAAAACUUUGACUAGAAUUCUAUAAUUCACAUUACAAAGAUAUAUCGAUCUAAAGUACUUGAUAUUAAGAGGAGUAAGACAUUUAGGGUUAAAAAGGAUAGAAGUCUUAGCUCAAUUAUCAUCAAGUUCAUGAUAUAAUUAGAAGUGGUCGACAUCAUAAUCCAAUAUAAUUUAUAAAUUCAACAGUAUAUCCAUCAGGUCUAGAGCUUUUACCAUUGCUAAGGGAUUUUAAGGUAACAACAAUUUCAACCAUGGAAAAAGUUUAGGAGAGAAGUGAUAUAUAUAUAUAUAUAUAUAUAUAUAUAUAUAUAUAUAUUGUACGUAUCUGCCUCCUGUAUAUAUUUUGCGUCGUCAAAGGAACUACUCCUCCAUGCUGCUGAAGUAGCCUAUCAUGGGGUCGAAGGCGGAGGCGGAGGCGGAGGCGGACGGGUCGAAGACGCACGGCAGUAAACAGUGUUCCUGCAUCUCCUCGUAUAGGGUCCUCCGGGG